UUGACCAAAUGUUUUUGAAAUCAGAGAAGUUUGAAAGUGUAAUGAGUUAAAGUACGUACUCGUACGUACAAAUAAGCACAAAAAAGUUAGCAUAGAACCUCAACAGUAGAAAAAAAUGAAUAAGUGCUUUUAAUUACACAUUUAAAAUCCAUAACUGCUCAUUUUAUUAAUUAAUUAUUUAAUUAGUAAUUAAUAAUUGAAAAAUCGAAAACGUUUUUUCUCAUUUCUGAGCAAAGCAGGUUAUGUAUCAACUUUUCUGCGGUACAAAAUGGCUUUUUCGAAUAUUUUGUCCAGGUCGUUGCGUCACUAUAGUGGCUCACUCGAGUAGUUUACUUGCUCACCGUUAUUGUUUGAUUGUGUCGAAAUUCACUCAAAAUAGAUUCAUUCAAUAAAUGAGGUUAGAUAGUUUUAAUGUAUAUGAUUAGAAAUAAAUUAAAAGAAAACGAAAGGUGACGAAUAAAAAAUAAUUUUUUAAUAAAUAAUUAAAAAGAUUCAAAAUAUACAUGUAUCAAGAAUUUAUGUUAUGAAUAAAAUGAUUAGUAAUAAAAUACUUCUCAAAUAUUCAAUGAGGAGUAAUACUUUAAUGUUUAAAUAUUCCGUAAUCACUAACGAGAAAUUUAAUGGAUUACGUUGUUUAAUUCCAAUCUUGGAAACAAAUCGGUUAUUCCACACUAAUCAAAGUCUUUUUACACAACCUCAUUCUGUUAUAAAAUAUAUGUUUGAAAAUACACAAGACAAAAAGAAAGAGGCUUUUCUUGACAUAAUAAGAACUUAUGAGCAGGAAAAAAAUAGAAGAGGUCAAGUAGAAUUUAUUAAAUUAGCUUUGAAAUAUAUGGAAAUAUAUGGUUUACAUAGAGAUCUUGAAGCUUAUAAAGCUAUAUUAAAUGUCCUUCCAAAAGGACCAUAUAUUGCAACAAAUUAUUAUACUGCAGCGUUUAAAUUUUACCCGAAACAUCAAGAUGUUGCUACCGAAUUACUAGAAAAAAUGGAAGAUAAUCGGGUAAUACCUGAUAAAGAAGUAGAAACUAUUCUUCUAAAUAUAUUUGGUAAACACGCUGACCCAUUAAAAAAGGUAUGGCGAAUGUUAUACUGGAUGCCUAAGUUUAAAAAUGUAACCCCUUGGCCUGUUCCAAAACCAAUACCUACAGAUCCAAAAGUACUUGCCAGAUUAGCAAUACAGAAGAUAAGUAGUGUCGAGUUAACAACGGUUAUAUCUGAAUUUGAGACUAAAGAUUUAGAGGAAUCUUAUGAAGAUACUUGGAUAAUAUCUGCUAUUAGUCGCAUUCAACAAGAUUUAUUAUUAGAUCAUUCAAAAUCAAGGAAGAAUAUUCCUAUAUACGUAGAAGGCCCUUUCAAAGUUUGGGUCGCGGAUCAAUCAGUUGAUUACUUUAUUUUGAGAGCAGAUCCAAUAAAGAGAACUUGUAAAAAUGAAGAUAUUGAUGAUGUUAGGAACAUCAAAAUUCCAUUUUGGAAGACUCGUGAGAUUGCUGUAGAACCUACGGUGCACGAUCAAGAUGACGGUGUUUAUUUUGCAGUAUGUGCCACUGGUACAUCUAAUAAAGAUUCAGCAGUAUCUUGGAUUAGAUUUUUGCAAAAAGAUAAUCCUAUUUUAGAAAAAAUUCCUAUACUUAUAAAAUUGUCAUCAUCGGUAGAAACCGAAAUUAUCGCUUUCGAUGAAGAGAAAGAUUUACAAAAAAGAAGUAAUGAAAGAUUAAUAAAAACAAAUAUAUAAUUUAAAUUAA